AUGAAUGACUUCCUACUUAUGACUUCCUAUAAAGAACAAUCAUUUAUCGUGUACAUCCAUAACAAUGAAGUUACUUUCCCGGGCUUACAUGACCCCGGAAAAGACACCUGGAACUCCAUUUGCGCCACAUGGAAACCCGACUCUAAAUUAUCUCAGAUCUGGAUAAAUGGGAAUCCAAGUGAAAAGAAGGCUCAUUCAAGAGCUACUCUGUAUGAAAAUCCAACCAUCAUCCUGGGUCAAGAGCAGGACAGUGUGGGGGGAGGGUUUAAUCUUGACCAGUCAUUCGCUGGGAAGAUGACCGAUGUCCACAUGUGGGACUAUGUCUUAUCUGCUUGUGAGAUCCGAAGGUUUGCUAGAGACUUCUAUUUCACCCCUGGCAAUGUCCUCAACUGGAAGGCCCUUGAUUACAGCACCACUGGAAGUGUUAGCGUUGAGGACAAGGCUUAA